AUGGCUGUUCAGAAGAUAUCAGAGUCAUUGUAUGUGGGAAUUUGUCUCAAGAUAGGGACACCGCUUCAAGUGGCCUCCAGGAGAGAUAUGGUAGACAUAAAGGAAAUGCUGAAUAACAACAAAAUGUUAAAACAUAGUUCCAAGCUGAUGAUAAGUGGAAGUGAAAGAGAAGGUUUCAGACUAAAUUCAGAUAUAGACAUCAUGCGCUGGCCAAACAACCACCGAGUGAUCUGGGACUUCUCUCUGUGUCAGAUUUACAGCACACCAGAGCUGGCAGUGAUUCUCUGUGACAAUUCUGAGAGUCCACCUGGAUUCACUUUACUUUGGUUACCAUUAGAAAGAACGAGACCAACAGUGUCAACCGCCUGUAUAAGGAUGCAUGGAGGUCUCUAUAUAUCAAGUUCGAAGUACAGGGAGAUAAGAUGUUCUUUAUCAAAUAUCGGUUCUACAAUUCAUGGACCAUGUAGCAGUGGAAUAUUAGGUGAAACGGAAUAUGAUAUUGCUCAUUGCUUUGUCAGUGAUUUCUGGCCUCCGUCUGCCUCCUCGUGGAUAGACAGAUGUCACUCAUGGCCCCCGCCUCAUGUUGUCAACGACAUUGUCAGAAACGGAUGUCACUUUGUAGCAAUAGGACACAAACUAGAAAACCAUGCAGACAACGAAUGGAGAAUUUCUUUCUCUAUGGCAGAUUUCAAACUUGCGUACUCAAUGAAUCACACACAAUUCUUAACGUAUGGAUUGCUGAAACUGUAAAGAAAUAAUUAACAAUAGAUUAAGAGAUGAAGAUAAACUCUAAUGUUCCUAUCACAUGAAAACAGCUGUUUUCUGGGCGAUUCAACAAAAUGCACUGCCUCACUGGCGUCCACAGAAUCUUUUGGUCGGUUUCUGGGUCUGUUUUAAACUUUUAAUCAAAUGGGUGUAUGAGGGUGUGUGUCCUAAUUUUUUUCAUCCCAGAGAACAAUACGUUUCUGAAUAAUAUUUUUGGUGGAGCACAAACGACAUUAUUCAGACGACUAUAUAGAAUGUAUGAGAAUGGCCUUACAUUGUUGCUACAUAGGCCCUCCAUCAGGUCCCAUGUCAUCAAAGUUCUUUGUAAUCCCAGGGUCAGAGUUUGUACUAAUGAACAUGCUCUGGUCUCUGAAC